AUGGAGACAGCUUCGGCUGCGAUCGGGAUCAAACAACCCGCCCGCGGCAUUCUUCCGGUCUUCACAGGGAGUACAGGGCAGCUGUCUGACGCGGCUCGGAACAGAGUGCGUUUCGUGGUAGCGUCGGGCGGCAGGCCCGCGACACAGACACCCGCGUACAGAAGCGGGCUCUCCUCGAGUGCACGCAGUGAACUGUUACUCGUCGAGUUUGCACCUGAAAAGAAAGACUUGCACUUUGUGGCAGCGUUACCGAUCGAGCAAACAGCACAGAUAGCGUUGUUGGCUCGUGGCUUGGGUCCCGUUGUCUACUGCGCUGGCCAGGAUGCCGAGCGUGGAAAACCGGCCUUGGAGGCCGUUCGGCUACCUCGACUAGAAGAUGCCCUCGGCUGCUUCGGAGAGGCUGCGAAACAGCAUGUCAUUGUGAGCAAUCCGGAGCCAGUGCCGAACGCGGAACUUCCACAUCCGGAAACGCUUCAAGCGAUGGAUGUGGCGCUCACCGGCGAAAGCGUCGUGCUAGGCCUGGCACACACGCUACAACUACUCGACGCAAACACCCUGCAGACCCAGUGUGUCUGGAGCGUACCACAUAUCCCUAGAAUGAUCUAUACGGGCCGACACCAGCUUGCCGCAUUACACUGGACCUGCGCCUGCUUUGUCGACGAGCAAGCGCCUGGGCUGGUGUUCGCUGCACACACCAGCGGCGCGCUGCUACUGUUUGACCGCAGACAACAGUCGAUCGCCGGCCAGUUCGAGCUCCAUGCUGCUUCCUCGACAUCAUCACGAAAGAAAGCCGCGGAAUGUGGGUCCCUGGCCCAGAGAGCCUACGAGCUCCUCCCGUGCGAUACCGACAACGAGGCCCUGCGACUCCAUGCGUUGCAGUCGACGACUCCACACGGCUUGAGCAGCACUGUGCUGGCAGCCGCACGCAUGCCGCAGCAGUCCGGGGGCAUUGUUGCCUCCACGGACGAUGGCGUCCUGCUGUUUUUGGAUCUCCUCCGAGGCCAAGUUCAGCAGCUCGCUGGUUCUGCCGUUGGUGAUCGCGCACCAUGGAGCGUCUUUGCCUCUGCAAUCGCACUAGAAGCGUUAGAUUCGAGCAUACGCGUAGCGGUUGCUGCGUACGGUGCGAAUGAAGAGCCAGUGGUCUCUACUUGGCGAGGCCGUCUACAGACAGCCGUGUCAGCAGCAACGCCGUCCAUUUCAUCAUUAGACAGGACAGGCGCUGUUGAUGGCGAUCAGGUGCGCAGCGACAACGAUGCCCCGACGAUCUUUUGCGAAGGUUUUACAUUUGAAGAGAGCGCUCGAGACCACGAUGACCUUAUUGUGGCGCUUGCAUGGCACGAUGCUGCGCGAAACGCCAUGCUGGCCUCCCUCUCUGCAGAUGGUCGUCUCGUGGUCCGAACUGGGGCCCGGCAAACACCCGUUGCGACCGAGGCAAUGCGCAGCGCGUAA